AUGAAAAGCCGACCUGAAAUAAUCCCCCUUCAUCUUGAGGUAGAAAACCUUGGACUCGGCACUGCUCGCGUUAGCGAUCAGAUACUUGUNAUACUUCCAGACCAAUAUCCUAGUAUCAAAGGAUUAUCGAGUGAAGCAUAUGAACCUGGAUUUCUUCUAUCCUUGAACUGCACAAGUUCCCCGAGCUAUCCAGCAGCUGAUCUCACAUGGUAUAUUGGAGAUGCGCAGGCGCAGGAAUCCUUGGUUACUAAGUAUCUUCGAAAGACGACCGAGACAGGGUUAGAGAUUUCAACGCUUGGUUUCAAUCUCGAGAUUGACCCAAAGCUAGGAAAGGAUGGAACAAUUGUGCUCACUUGCUCAGCUACGCUUCCUGAAGUACAUGGCGAUCAGAUGAUUAUGUACCGGAGUAUAUCUAUCCAAAUCUCGCCUGGAAUCCUGUACUCCCAACUCUCCUGUUCUAAUCCACAUGUCUGUGAUAUUGUAAUCCUUGUAAUCCUUCGGCUUAUCGUAGGAUUAUUUUAGUUAAUAAAUCAAUAUUUUUAAUCCUAA